AUGGCAUCGCAAGUUGACCCCGUCGGUGUAGCUGGCACAGCUCUCGGCGCUACAAGCCUUCUCGCUCAGGUGUUUGAGGGAACAGUCAAGGCAAUCCAGCUAUGGCGCAAGGCCGGCGGGGUUGGGGAGGACGCUGCUGUCUUCCAGACCAGAUUAGAAUUGCAGCUGGCAAGAUUCAAGAGCUGGGGAAUCGAUUGGGGGAUUGAUCGCGGCCCAGACGGGCUUCACGUCAAGGAUCGGCGCUUUCAAGACCAUGGCGACACGGCAAUCAAAUACGUGGUGUUGAUACACCACUUUAUCGAUCAGCUGGACAGCCUGGUGUCGAGCAGUAGUGCGAUCAAGGCAGCUUCACAGUCGUCAGUUCUGCCCACGUCUUCAAUAGAGAGGCUGGUAGACUUGGCGAGUCCCAACUCUGGGGAAAGACAGGCAUUGUCGGACAAGAUACGCAGUAUCCAAGAAAGCUCCGACUUACAAGAGCAACUGUCAUGGGCAGUAAAGGAUGGCGAGCCCCUCAAAGCCCUCGAUCGGCUGGAGAAGUUCAUCAACGACCUUGAGGGAUUCUUUACUCCGCCAAAGAUUGACCCUGCAGCCAAGUUAGCGCUGAAUAGCCUCCUAACAACGAUGAACUUGGCGAAAUUGCAAAUGAUUACGGCACAGUCAGACGCAAACUCAGAAUUACGGGGUCUCGCUCUUCUGAAAUCAACAAUCAUCGAGAUGAAUGCGCGAGAAUCCGUUUUUGGGGGGGAGGACGUCACUGAAGACGAGGCCAAUCUUCACGAUACGUCUACGAAGGAUGAAAAAGACGGUCACAGCUUCGGCACUUUCGAGAAGGACGGCACACAUGACGUGCUGGUGGAGUGGAAAGAGGUUAUUGGAUCGGAAUGCCCGCCCAAUCAUUCACUGUUCACGUACAAGGCCAUGCUUCAGCACCGAAUCGAAAAUCUCGCAAGGCUAUUGAAAGCAGAAUACAAGCCAGUCGAACUUCGAACGCUGGACUGUAUUGGCGUGGUCAAGAGGUACCUCCGGGGUGGUGAUUUAGAGCACGGAAUGUUAUUCAAGGUUCCUGGUGAAACGUCUACGACACUCUCUGCGAUUUUGGAAGAAAAUGUCGAUUCUUUGGACGCAGGGGAAUGGUACCAAGUAGCGACAACACUCUCGAGAGCAGUCUUGUUUUUACAUUUAGCAGGCUGGCUGCACAAGGGUAUCCGGAGCGACAACAUCAUGUUUUUUGCAAAGCAGGGGGGCAGGUUUGUAUACGACAAGCCACACCUUGUUGGGUUUGAGUACACCAGGGAGGCAUCCUCUGCUGGACAAACAGAAGGGGUGGAUGACGACUUCCGAUUCAAUCUGUAUCGACACCCGGAAGUCCAGGGGCUUCCAGUCCAAAACUCGAGGACCAAUACGACCCGUGCGACGAGAACACCGUUUGACUAUCGACACGAUGUCUAUAGCCUUGGCAUUGUACUCUUGGAGCUGGGUCUCAAAGAAAGCGUUGAAACUAUGCAGCAGAGGGCCUCCGUUUCGGCUGGCUACGGCAGUCAUACUGCCGAUGGUUUCUAUGAAUAUCUGCUUAGCCACGAAGUUCCUAAGAUGUCAUCGAGAAUGGGCAAGGGUUACCGAGAGGCGGCGAGAAUAUGCCUCGAGGGUGGCGUUCAAGCGACGGCAGAUGUAAGUAUACACGAAGAUUUCUAUCUCAGAGUUGUUCGAGUACUGGAUGACUAUCGUGUGAACUAG